CAACGUCACUGUAGAGGAAGAGUGCAGCGACAAUAACAACAACACGACUGCAGUUAUUGCCUAAUGUCAGAUAUCAAAUUCAGUUUGAACAUUAUUAACACCGUUUACUGUCAUCAUACUACAUCAGGGAAACUCAUUCGGGUUCAUUAAUAAGUUAAUGGGUGACUUGAUAUAAAUCAUAUCUGAAGAUUUUAGAAAAACUGUAAAACCCUCUCUGACGUCAUGGCCCAGCAGAGAGGAGUCAACAGUCUGCAAUUUAACCAGGACCAGAGUUGUUUCUGUUGUGCCAUGGAGACUGGUGUUCGCAUUUACAAUGUGGAACCUCUGAUGGAAAAGGGGCAUUUAGACCAUGAGCAAGUGGGCAGCAUUGCCUCGUGUUCAAUGCUUCAUCGAUCAAAUCUCUUGGCUGUUGUUGGAGGCGGAGUCAAUCCUAAAUUCUCUGAAAUCUCAGUAUUAAUAUGGGAUGAUGCUCGAGAAGUGCGAGACCCCAAAGACAAACUUGUGCUUGAGUUCACAUUCACCAAACCAGUGCUCGCUGUGCGUAUGAGACAUGACAAAAUCAUCAUUGUGUUGAAAAACAGAAUCUACGUUUAUAGUUUUCCAGACAACCCUGUUAAGCUCUUUGAGUUUGACACUCGGGACAACCCAAAAGGUUUGUGUGAUCUGUGUCCUAGUUCGGAAAAGCAGUUGCUGGUUUUCCCCGGACAUAAAUGUGGCAGUCUGCAGUUAGUGGAUCUUUCCAACACAAAACCUGGAACGUCUUCAGCUCCGUUCACCAUCAACGCCCAUCAAAGUGAGAUCGCCUGCCUUGCACUGAAUCAGCCUGGCAGCGUGGUGGCCUCCGCCUCUCGAAAGGGCACUUUGAUUCGUCUGUUUGACACUACGACACGAGAUAAACUUGUCGAGCUGCGGAGAGGGACCGACCCUGCAACACUGUACUGCAUUAACUUCAGCCACGACUCAUCCUUUCUCUGCGCAUCAAGCGACAAGGGAACUGUGCACAUAUUCGCUUUAAAAGACACCAAACUGAACCGUCGCUCUGCCUUGGCACGUGUGGGAAAGGUGGGUCCGGUCAUCGGGCAGUACGUGGACAGUCAGUGGUCUCUGGCUAACUUCACCGUUCCGGCCGAAUGUGCUUGUAUCUGUGCUUUUGGGAAGAACACAUCCAAAAAUGUCAACUCGGUUAUUGCCAUAUGUGUUGACGGGACAUUCCACAAGUACGUCUUCACCCCUGAUGGAAACUGCAACCGCGAGGCUUUUGACGUGUAUCUGGACAUUUGUGAUGAUGAUGAUUUUUAAAGCUGGAGAACUUUGAUCUGUCGCUAAAUGUAAAUUAGUACUCAGUGUUACAGCUUUGUUUGUUCCUGUUGCUUAGUUGUGUGAGUUUAUGUCGCUGCUUUGUAUAAUCAAAUGUACAUAAGCUUUCUGUGUAAAGUGGAAAUAUGUUUAAUGAAGUUUGAUAAGAUACA